CGGGGCCGGAGCAGCUCCGGGCCGGGCCGGGCCGGGCUGAGGGAGGCACGGUCGCCAUGGAGACGCGUCAGGCCGCACUUCCUGCCGGUGCGGCGCCACUACUGCCCGGCGGGAAACAACCGAGGCGGCGCCGGCCGAGCUGCAAGGCGUGAAGCGCCGCGAGGGAGAGCAGGGUGUUUCCCGCCGGACGAGGUUGUGAUUUCAUGGAUCUGAUUUCCUGAGGCAGUGCUGAGGAAGGGAUUGUAAACCCAUCAGGCCAUGGCCCUGGGAAGGAUGGAGCGCAAGGACUGGUACAAGGUCCUGGGGGCCAAACCUUCAGACAGCCCAGCAGAACUCAAAAGGAAAUACCAAAAACUUGCUUUGUUGCACCACCCCGACAAGCAGGCGGCGGGCGCGGCGGAGGCGGCGGCAGAGGAGCACGGGCAGCGGUUCCUGGAGAUCCACCAGGCCUGGAAAGUUCUGGGCAACGAGGAGACAAAGCAGGAGUAUGACCUGCAGCAGCGUGAAGAUAACCUGACAAAAGAAUGGCCACUUCAUGAACAGAUUUAUCUUGAGGACAUGUCCUGGAAUGAAGAUGAACAACUCUACACUCUGUCCUGUCGAUGUGGUGGGAAUUACAGUGUCUCCAAGAGUGAAACCAAAGAUGUAUCUUUGGUUUGUUGUGACACAUGUUCACUUGUUAUCGAGAUCCUGCAAUGAUUGUUUCAGUGAAGCACACUAAGUGUUACAAACUGUUCAAAAGACUGGACAAACACCUGACGGAAUCUACUAAAGAAAUGUAUGUUAAAGAAAAGGGGGGCACUACAAGAAUGAGUUCAUUCAGGGUUAAAAAUGACAAGUUCCCCUUUGCUCACACAGCUGGGAUUCUCCUACUGCAGCUCAUUACUCAACACCUCCAACCCAGAACAGGAGUUUGUACAACUGGAAUGCAUCUCCUGAUCUAAAGGUCUCUUUCCCAGCAAACAACAGAGCAGCUUCUUCCAAUUUCAGUCUGAAGCAGCUCUUGGGCCCUUCUUCUUAGGUUAAAUCCUUGCAACAGCUCAGAUGACAAAAUUCAAUCAGGAGGCACAGAUGUGAGAAUGCUUUGAGGAUAAUGAAGAGCAAAGUUCAGCAGUGGGAAACAGGAACAUUUUCCAUUUGUAAGCUAAAUAUUUAAGUUCAUGAAAUCCUCUCAAGGGGUGGGGCCCAGGAGGAGGAGGCAGAGGCUGGCAGCUGGAAGCAGUGGCUGUGCCUGCCCCGUGACAGUGGCAUCACCUGGAGCAGGAGCAGGAGCUGGGCUGAGGCUCUCCGUGUCAGAACAAAUGGAGUCAUCAUUCCUGAGAGGACAGCUAAGGAGGAAGCUGAGCUCUGACCCCACUGGGCAGCCAGAGGAAACCCCACCAGCAGGUCUGGAACCCCACUGGUGCUGUGUUCAGUGCCAGCCCUGGCACCACCUGCUGAUGGCAGGCACAUCAUUUUGGUUGAUGACACAAGUAUAUCAUUCCCACUCUGAAGUUAGGUGUAAUCUCAGAAAGAGAUAUCUUUGUCAAGUAAUAUUUGUGUUUAUUCUAAGCAAAAAUAGUUCCAUUCAAUUUAGUAGAAAAUACUAUGAAAACAGUCAAUAGUACAUAAGUCUUUUAAUCAUCAAGAAAUCUGUGGCCAUUGGGGCUUGCACGUAGAAAUCCAAAGUCAUUCAGAGGCCAUAUCUGUAAAAUAAAGAACAGUUACAAGAGAUUUAAUCACAA